GAUCAGAAAACGAGCAUGGACUUUGAAAAAAUUUUUAUUCCCAUCCUCUACUCUUUGGCACUGGUGUUCGGGCUGCUGGGAAAUGGCCUAGUGCUGGUGGUGCUGAUACAGAAAAGACGGACCUGGAGCGUGACGGAUGUCUUCAUACUGAACCUGAGUGUGGCCGACCUCCUGCUUCUAAUCACGUUGCCCCUGUGGGCAGUGGAUGCUGCUGUUGGGUGGAAUUUCAGCGAUGGAUUGUGCAAGCUGGCUGGAGCAACGUUUAGGGUCAACUUCUACUGUGGCAUCUUCCUGCUGGCGUGCAUCAGUCUAGAUCGCUACUUUUCCGUUGUGCAUGCCGUGCAGAUGUACUCACGUAGGAGGCCAUGGCUUGUGCACCUCAGCUGCCUGGCUGUCUGGAUCUUCUGUCUUCUUCUAUCCAUCCCUGACUGGAUCCACCUGCAAGUCUCAAAAGACUCCAGACGAGGGGGAAAAUCUGAAUGUACACCUACAUAUUUGCCUGAAUGGCGUCUGGCCUUACGUACGCUCUAUCAUGUGCUGGGCUUUUUCCUCCCUGCGGUCGUCAUGCUCUACUGCUACACUCGCAUCCUGCUCCGUUUACAACUCGGCUCUCAGGGCGCCCAGAAGCAAAGGGCUGUAAGAGUCAUCCUCGUCCUUGUGAUAGCCUUCUUUCUCAGCUGGACGCCCUACAACAUCGUCCUUCUGGCAGACACAAUCUACACCAAUCAAACCGGCAACAGCACAACGUGCGGUACCACCACUCUGCUGGACAUUGCCAUUACAGUCACCUCCACUUGGGGCUACCUGCACUGCUGUGUGAACCCAGUGCUUUAUGCUUUUGUUGGGGUGAAAUUCCGGCGCCAUCUGUUGGAUUUAAUAAAGCCACUUAGACACAGGCUAAAGCGCCGCGCAGACAUCACAUCUCGCAAGAGCUCUUUAAUGUCUGUGGAUACUUCCCAAACUUCAGCUUUCUGAGAGCGCAAUAGAUGCUCUGCUUGUGCAUAUGCCAGUUUAUGCAGCUAAAGGUUUG